CAAAACACACUAGAAAUUCAGCUUUGCUCUCUCCUGUCGCUAAACAACAACUCAGAACAAAAAGUCGCCUCAUUUUUCUUCUGUCUUUCCCUUGAAAAGUUAAAAUUCCAAGCCAAAAGGAGAGAAAGAAAGUGAGAGAAAAUCCUCUCUCUACUUUCUCUCACUAGAUUCAGAUCCAUUUCGGCUUUCAUGGGGCCCCUCCGCAUUUCUUGCUCUCUCCUCUGUCUUUUCUCGUGAUCAUCUGCCUGUCUGUGGUUUAGGUUUCGCUACAACCGCUUGGGGUAGGGUUUUCGGAUUCGGUAUCGGAGAUGCAAUCGGGAAAUUCGCAGGCUGCGCCUUCCAUAAACCACCAGGACUCGGCGCUGGCGGCGGCUGAUACUCGGGGGAAGCAUCGGAUCACUGCCGAACUCAAGCGUCUCGAGCAGGAGGCUCGGUUCUUGGAGGAAGAGUUGGAACAGCUUGAGAAAACCGAGAGAGCCUCAGAUGCGUGCAGGGAGUUGCUGAGUAUUGUGGAAUCGAGACCUGAUCCGCUUCUCCCAGUUACAUAUGGCCCUGCAAAUCCUAUAUGGGAUCGAUGGUUUGAAGGCCCCCAAGAUUCACAAGGCUGCAGAUGCUGGAUACUGUGAUUCCUGCUGAUUUCAAGAUUUGACUUACAUUACUAUUUCGUGGCAGAGGUUCCCAACAUACAAACAUGUUACAAUUUGGCCAAAAAACUGUGUUAUUGUCAAAUGCUUUAUGAAAUGUGCGUCAUUGUGCAGAGAAUGACAAAUUUUUUUUGGCAAAUCAGAAUGGAAAACAAUCUACAAAUUUGCUUAGAAA